ACCCAGAGGCGGCUCUGCGUGGCCCUGGCCCAGCCUGGCCCGCGGGCUUCCUGUGUGUCACCGCCGGGCGCGUGGGGAGGGGAUCCCCCCGCGAAACUUGUGCGGCUUGGCCUUGCGUGUUCUAGUUACUGCGGUCAGGAGGAGGCCAGCCGCGGUGGGCGAAUGUCACCGUGUGUGAAGUCACUGUGGACUACUGCUGUAAUUGUUUUAUGGUCGUUAAUGCCUGUGCCCGAUUAGUAAAUUAAACUGUCACUGGUAGGUAGGGAAAAAGCGUAUUUAGGUUCUUGUCUCGUUCUUCUAGGAUGAGGGGGGCUACUGUGUCAAGAAAGUUACACCCCAUUUAUGGUAAGCCCUGGAUGAGGUCCCCUCUAGAAGGCCUACCUCUAGAGGGUUGUUGGGGUGUGUCAGAUUGAAAGGGACAGUGUAGAAGCCAGCUGCAGCCCAUUGCUGUGCCUCACGACCAGGAAGUCCUCAGUGAAUCCUCCCUGAACUUGAGGUUCCCUCACUGAGGGAGCGGGGCUGGGUAGAGGGCCGCUCUGCUCUGCCCAGCCUCCCCUGGGCUCAUGCAGACAAAAGUAAUUAGGCUGAGCCUUUAAUCACAGCUCCUUUCCCAGUCAGAAGGACAAUGCAAAAGGAGGAAAGGGACACAGGGUUCUGGCCUGGCUCUCAGGCAUGCCUCCCCUCAGGGACCCCUACCCCCUCACCCCCCCCAGUUUGGCUCUCCGUAAUCUCCUGUUUUCUUGUCUCCCUCAGGACACUGGGUUCCCUAGGAGCCGCCUAGAGUUUAAUAAUUGUCCAGAAGGCGGCUAUAAAGGGAGUCUGGGUGGAGGAGGGAGCAGAAAAAAACCCAGCUCAGCAGAUCUGGGCACUGAGAGCCUCUAGCAGGAGUAGUCGGAGGUGUUGUGUUGUUGUGGUCGGAGCUCAGUGUCCUGGCUGGCAGGGCCUGUUCUUUUCCAUCAUGGAGGCCCAAGGCUACGGCUAUUACCGCACUGUGAUAUUCACAGCCAUGUUUGGGGGCUACAGCCUGUACUACUACAAUCGCAAGACCUUCUCCUUUGUCAUGCCAUCGUUGGUGGAAGAGAUCCCUCUGGACAAGGAUGAUUUGGGGCUCAUCACCAGCAGCCAGUCUGCAGCCUAUGCCAUCAGCAAGUUUGUGAGUGGGGUGCUGUCCGAUCAGAUGAGUGCUCGCUGGCUCUUCUCCUCUGGACUGCUUCUGGUUGGCCUGGUCAAUGUAGUCUUUUCCUGGAGCUCCACAGUACCUGUCUUUGCUGCUCUCUGGUUCCUGAAUGGCCUAGCACAGGGACUGGGCUGGCCUCCCUGUGGGAAGAUCCUUCGGAAGUGGUUUGAGCCGUCCCAGUUUGGCACGUGGUGGGCCAUCCUGUCAACCAGCAUGAACCUGGCCGGAGGGCUGGGUCCUGUCCUGGCCACCAUCCUUGCCCAGAGCUAUAGCUGGCGCAGCACGCUGACCAUGUCUGGGGCACUGUGUGUGGUGGUCUCCUUCCUCUGCCUGCUGUUCAUCCACAACGAACCUGCUGAUGUUGGACUCCGCAACCUGGACCCUACCCCCUCCAAGGGCAAGAAGGGCUCCUCAAAGGAAGACAGCACCCUUCAGGAGCUGCUGCUGUCCCCUUACCUAUGGGUGCUCUCCACCGGCUACCUGGUAGUGUUUGGAGUCAAGACCUGUUGCACAGACUGGGGCCAGUUCUUCCUUAUUCAGGAGAAAGGACAGUCUGCCCUUGUGGGUAGCUCCUACAUGAGUGCCUUGGAGGUUGGGGGCCUCAUAGGCAGCAUCGCAGCUGGCUACCUGUCAGACCGAGCCAUGGCAAAGGCAGGGCUGUCUGUCUACGGAAACCCCCGCCAUGGCCUGUUGCUGUUCAUGAUGGCUGGCAUGACAGCAUCCAUGUACCUCUUCCGGGUGACAGUGACCAGUGACUCCCCCAAGAUCUGGAUCCUGGUGUUGGGAGCUGUGUUUGGUUUUUCCUCCUAUGGUCCCAUUGCCUUGUUUGGAGUCAUAGCCAAUGAGAGUGCCCCUCCCAACUUGUGUGGCACCUCUCACGCCAUUGUGGGACUCAUGGCAAAUGUGGGCGGCUUUCUGGCCGGGCUGCCCUUCAGCACCAUCGCCAAGCAUUACAGUUGGAGCACAGCCUUCUGGGUGGCCGAGGUGAUUUGUGCAGUCAGCACAGCCGCUUUCUUCCUGCUCCGAAACAUCCGAACCAAGAUGGGCCGCGUACCCAAGAAGGCUGAGUGAAGAGUGCCGGCUCUGGAGCGCCUUCUGCGGUGCCUCCGCUCCCCGCUCAAACGUUAGGAUGCAGGGAGGGAGCGGGCGGCCCCUGCUAGGACGGAACCUCGUCUGUCCAACUGGAACCUGUUUUUCUCUAUGUGCAAUGUCUGCCUCACCCAGGCGGCACUGAAAGUUUAUUAGUGGCUCAUGAGGUCCUAGCUCCCAGUCCUGUAUUUAAGCGAUAACCUCUGCUCCUGGACGCCAUCAGCUCAUGCCCUGCCUUCAAACAGGCAACCCCUGCAUAUACAUCCUGACGUCUCCUACACCUUUCUUCCCCUUCUGGGCCCUGUCCUGUCUCAGUUCUAUCAGUUCCCACUUGGUAAGGCUGUUUCUGCAGUUGCAGGGCACUAAUGACGAGUGACUUCUGCUCUGCCUUAAGUCCUCUCCAGAGUGAGCAAAGCUAUUGCCAGUACCUCAGGCUCUGGAGGAAGAAAGCAAGCGGGUACCCUGGGUAUAGCAGGGAGGAGAUGGAGGGGAGGGUAAGAUGACUUGUUACAGAAGAUUAAAACUAGAUUUGAUACUAAA